CCCUCCGACCCGGGCCGACGGAAGGAAGGAAUCGGCAAGUUUCCAGUGUCCGCUUACUGUGGGCUUCCACGCACAGUGUAGUCGUCUGUCGCGCAUGGUGUUGAAAACCAUCGACAUUUGAAGAACAUGGAGAAGGAGGACAAGCAGGUGGAUCAGGCUGUGGAUGCCCUGCUCUCGCGGACCACAGAUCUCAAGAAUAACAUCCAGCAGUUGAUCCUCCGGCUGGAGAACGAAUAUGAAACGUUGCAGUGGCCCGCUGUCCUCGACUACUUCGCGCUUAUAUCCGGCCAGAUGAACAAUCUCCUCAAGGUGCUCCGCAGUGACAAGCUUCCCAAAUUACGGAAUCGGAUAAUCCUUCCGCUACUCGUAUCACCCGAUCCUGAUCCCGAUUUGCAGCGCGUAACCGACGGUCGAGUACCACUCUUCAAUCAUCAAGCAGUCCCUGACUAUCUGAGAACCCUCUGCGAUCCGGAGAUCGAAGCCGCAGAUCAGGUGAUCUUGAACAAAGCAGCACAGAUGAACGGAGAUGCGGCACAGAAACUGAUUGCUGCUCACAACAGAAUCUGUCAGAAUGCCUGUGAAAUUAUCCGCUCCACCCGUGAGGACUGGGAUGUGGAUGCGACGAGUAGAGUUGCCCCGUCAAUCAUGAGCGGUGACACUAUAGUUUUACUCAGCGCCAUUUGCGGCGGUAGAUAUCUACGCGGACCAGAACGUGCCCCGAACCCGUCUCUGGGAAACAGCUGUCCGAAGCCGAUGGGCGGACCGAUGGGACCGGGGAAGAUGCCGACAGCCACCGUUAGAACAAACAUCAAGAGUGCUAGAGGCAUGUCAUCGCAUCCGUAUAUGCGUUAG